AUGACAGCCCUCCCAAAAGCACUGAGACUUCGAGACUUCGUGACAGAGCCCAUGGAGGAAAAGCCAGUGGGGAGCUUAGCUGGGAUUGGUGAAGUCCUGGGCAAGGAGCUGGAGGAAAGGGGCUUUGACAAGGCACAUGUGGUCCUUGGCCAGUUCCUGGUGCUAAAGAAAGAUGAAGACCUCUUCCAGGAAUGGCUGAAGGAUACAUGUGGCGCUAAUGCUAAGCAGUCCCGAGGUUACUUGGGAUGCCUCUGGGUGUGGUGUGACGCCUUCUUGUGA